AGCGGCAGCGGGAAAAUCGGCAGCCUUUCUGCCGUCGUUGCAGUGGCAGCAGCGCCUCCGAAUUUUGGCCAAUGCGUGUGCUCCUGGCGUUCAGUAAGAAAAGCGUCGCCCAGCGGUCUAGUACGAACGUAUACCGAACGCUUUGUAUAUCCUGUAAAUUAUAUCCUGUGUGUGCGAUUGAUCACGUCUGCCUGAAAGCAGCGGCGAGAGCCAGAGAAAGCUGGCGACAAAGGCUAACGCACGACCUUUGGCACCGAGUUCAGAUCCUGCGGAGGGGUCAGCAGCAAAUCAAUAAAGACAAAGACACCCGGCCAGAGCAACUGCAUCCCCAAUACAAUCCAGCUUCGCGUCCCGAGUCCAGCGACCAAAAUUCACUCGCAAAUAAUGCUGACCAUGUCGACCCUGAUGAUGCCAGCACCGACCAUAGCCAUGGGUGCCCCACAGAUCACAAUGGGUCCGCACAAGCCGCCGGAAACGAAGCUGCUGGCCAUCCAUCCCGCUGCAGCGGCCGCAGCAGCCGCCCAGCAGCAACAGCAGCAGCAGCAGCAGUCGGUGACAGCUGCUCAUUUGCAGCACAAUGGCCAGCAGCAGCACUCGCAGCAGCAGCAGCAGCAGCAAAUGUCGCAACAGCAACAGCAGCAGCAGCUCGUGGGCAGCAACUCCAAGCCAGAACAGUUUCACAUUUUUGUGGGCGAUCUGAGUGCCGAAAUCGAAACGCAACAGCUGAAAGAUGCAUUCACCCCAUUCGGAGAAAUAUCAGACUGCAGAGUUGUGCGUGAUCCACAGACAUUGAAAUCAAAGGGCUAUGGCUUUGUCAGCUUUGUCAAGAAAUCGGAGGCGGAAACCGCCAUCACUGCAAUGAAUGGCCAAUGGCUGGGCUCGCGCUCGAUACGCACAAAUUGGGCCACACGAAAGCCGCCGGCAACCAAGGCAGACAGUGAGUAUCGCAUCCAACUGAACCACCAAGCACCAUCCAAUCCAAACCACCCAGCCAUCCCGCAUCUCACUGUCACAUCUCGCUCUUCCUCAGUGAACGCCAAGCCGCUGACCUUUGACGAGGUCUACAACCAGAGCAGCCCCACCAAUUGCACUGUCUACUGUGGCGGCAUCAACGGAGCCCUCUCCGGCUUCCUCAACGAGGAGAUCCUGCAGAAGACCUUCUCGCCGUACGGCACAAUACAGGAGAUACGGGUCUUCAAGGACAAAGGAUAUGCAUUCGUGCGCUUCUCCACCAAGGAGGCGGCCACCCACGCCAUCGUGGCCGUUAACAACACGGAGAUCAACCAGCAGCCGGUGAAAUGUGCGUGGGGCAAGGAGAGUGGUGACCCCAACCACAUGUCGGCCAUUGCCGGUGGGGCCUUGGCCCAGGGAUUCCCCUUCGGCUCGGCGGCUGCGGCGGCCGCAGCGGCUGCCUACGGACAGCAGGUGGCCGGAUACUGGUACCCGCCGGCACCCACAUAUCCGGCGGCAGCUCCCGCCAGCGCCCUCCAGCCAGGACAGUUCCUGCAGGGCAUGCAAGGAUUCACCUACGGUCAAUUCGCCGGCUACCAGCAGGCUGGAUACAUGGGAAUGGGCGUCCAGCUGCCUGGCACCUGGCAGAGUGUGCCGCCCCAGCCCCAGCUGGCCAGUGCAGCGGCAGCCACUGCGCCGCAGAUCACACAGAGCGUGGGCAGUGCAUUGCCGCAGGCGGCCGGAGUGGUCGCCUAUCCGAUGCAGCAGUUCCAGGUCAGUCCACAGCUGGCGGAGGACGAGUGGCUGGCGCCCAGUCUGCUCGUGUAGCUGCCAUGAGGGAUGGCCAUGUAUCCCA